GUAUCGCAGCAGUUUCACUCCAUCAUUCCACAGUUCUAUGUUCGUAUUUCCAGAGCCAUCAAGAAAUGGCCAAUCCAUUGCCUGUGGUAGCUCAGGAAGAUUUGGAAAGCUUUACCUUGACCAGGACAGUCUCAGGCUUUGCACUCAAGGCCUUUCACAUUUCCUGGAACACUCCCAUCUCUGUGAAGCUGCUGACCAGCCAGGACACUACAGACAGGGAGUGGAAGUUGCUACUUCAGGAUAUAGCAAGUGUCAGACACUGUGAGUCUGAACGUCUCCUGCCUUUCCUUGGGGUUUACCAGUACCAUGGACUUGUGGGGAUAGUGACUGAAUGGAUGAACAAUGGAUCCCUCCACUCCCUCAUCCAUGAGCAUCAGCUGUACCCAGAACUUCCCUUUCCCUUACUGAUAAGGAUCCUGUCGGAUGUGGCUGAAGGGCUGCAUCAUCUUCACAGCCUCCAGCCUGCCCUCUGCCACUGCAGCCUGAAACCUUCCAAUGUGCUUCUGGAUGUGCAGUACAGAGCCAAGAUAUCAGAUUAUGGCCUCACCAACUGGAGAAAACAGCAAGUGAGGUCAGACUUGCAGAACUGCCAUCAGAGAAACUGCCAGGACUUAGUGUAUCUCCCUCCUGAAAUACUUGGAGGAGGCCUCCCUUCCCAGGAAGGUGAUAUUUACAGUUUUGGAAUCCUCUGUUGGGAGAGCCUCAGCAGACAGAAACCUUUUGAAGGUCAAACAACUCUGCUUGAUGUUUUGAGAGGAAUCUGCAACAGUUUGCGGCCAGGCAUGUCAGAAAAGUUCAUACCAAGCAAUUUGCCUGAGAGGAAUAGACUGUUGCACCUCAUUGCUCUGUGCUGGCAUCAAGAACCAGAUUAUAGACCACAUACUGCAGAAUGUGUACACCUUCUAAAUGGAGUUUUGACUAGUAUAAAUAAGGAGGUAAUUUCUGCAGCAAUCUACAAUUUGAUGGAUGCAAAGGAGAGAGCGCUUAAGGCAUGCAAAGGCUCGGAGAGGUACACCCUGCACAGAGACACGUGCGAUGCAGAGAUCAUGUGUCCACAAAAAGACAACUGCUUAAUCAGCAAGAAAAUUCCUCUUGUAUUGCCAAGCUUGUCGACUGUUCUACGUGAUAGCAGUGCAAAUACAGCAGGAAGAGAUAAUAUUGAGAUGGGUGUGUCAAAUACUGCCGCACAGAAUGCAACAGCAACAAAAGAUCACCCAGGCUCUGAGAGAAGAAAAUCAAGCUCCUUUUGCACAACUCCUUCAUCCGGUUCAACUGCAGGCAAAGAGAGCAGUCAGCAUAACUCCCCACCACUGGCUCUUAAGCACAGACCACAGCCAGUGCACCUUGGGCAAGCAGUGACAGGUCCUUGCAGCAAAGGAAGCUGCAGUCAAAUCCUUGCCUGCCAGAGACAGACCAUACUGAGCUGCAUGACAGAAGGACGCCUCAACCACAUCCUGGACGUGCUCCGCUCCCAGCAAGCCCUGUCGCGAAUGGAUUAUGAAAGCAUCACCUCGAACCCCACCGUGACCGGCCGUGCUCGGGCACUGCUGGACACCUGCCUUUGCCUCGGAGAGAGGGCAGCACAAGCUGUAGUGACUGCACUUUCAGUGAACAAAUGUAGUCCUCUGGCACAAGUCAUUCACUGCCCAGACUGUCCUUCUAAGGUGAACAGGCUGCUGUGACUGAUUUUUUCACAGUCUGUUGUCUGCAUCUGAGCUCUAGUAAUUUGUGAUGGUAAAGAUUCACGUUAGUGUUUCACACUAAAGGCAAUUCUUCCUACAGCCCAUUAUUUAAGUACUGUAGUGGAAAAGCUAACUGGAUUAAAAGGUCAGGUCAAGCGCUGCCAACAGAAAUUGCCAAGACUGGUAUAAUAAAUUCUGAUUUGGACCUCGGAGAUGGGAGAAGUGCACUAUGUGCCAGAGCAAACAGAGCUCAAGUGAGAUGACACCUUAUUUCCUUGAUUUUUUUUUUAGAAGGGAGGAAAAUGAAUCAUGACUUUUUGGAGGUCACAGUGUGGAAGAAUGGCUGUUUAUAAAUACUUCCAAAUAAGGAUAAUGAACAACAGAAUACUGGAUGAAGAGAAAAAAUUUACUGCCUUUCACUGCGCUCAUAUCUGAGCCAGUUGUUAGAGUGAAAUGCGUCAGAGAAUUAAUAUUCCUUCAGUAGGGCCUUAAGUAAGGAAGUUUCAUAUUAUACAUAUAAAUUACUUAAUUUUCGUCACAAAUGGUCAAAUGAAAAUGUAGCAGUACUUACAUCAGUACUUUGGAGAUGUGGGACUUGGAGUAUGCAUUAAAUGGAAAAAUGUUCUCUCUAAAAAUGUCUGCAGUUCAAAUGUAAAAUUAAACCAGGCAGAAGAGGAGCCAAGCUGAUCAUUUUGAAAUGGUGGUUCUGCUGAGUUGUUGUCAUGGUUGUACUCUAAAGGGAGACAGCCUGGGAAUACUGGGAGGUUUUCUUGCUCUGGCCUGGACUCACCCACGGUCACAGAUGCUUUGGAGCCUCCUGCUGCUGCUUGAACUCAUCCUCAGGUCAUGGACCCCUUGACUUGAGUUCACAUGGAGUUCCAGUCUGUCCAGUACAGCAGCACAGAAACACUGCUGUUAUCAGAAUGUUUGCAGGCACAGUCGAUUAAGAUGAUAAGUGGUACAGCAAACAGUGAAAGCAACAAACCAGCCACUAACGAGCACCAGACACUUGUGUACAGAAGGCAAACAAGUCCCAUGGCAAGCACAGGAGUCUGUCAACAGAUAAAUAGCAACAGCAGCUAUAAAUGUGAUCCAGCACAUUCCAGACAAAUCUGUUGUUGCCUUGAACCCUUCAAGUCCCACAUUGGAUGCUGAAAAGAACAUUUGUGGUUUAACUCCAGUGGAAAACUAGACUCCACAACACUUAAGUGAGAAAACUUGGUUGAGAUACAGACAAUUUAACAGGUAAAGCAAAAGCUGCACAGAAGGAAAGGAAAAUGUGGAAUUCAUUCACCUCUUGGCAUGGGCAGGCAGGUGUUCAGCCAUCUCCAGGAAUGCAGGGCUCCAUCCCACGUAAUGGUUACUUAAGAAGACAAAUGGCAUCACUCCAAACUCCCCUGUGUCCUCCUUCUCCCCUAGCUGAGCUUGAUGCCACAAGGUCUGCAGUAUCCCUUUGGCCAGCUGUGGUCACUUCUCCCAGCUCCCUGUGCAUCCCCAGCUCCUCCCUGGUGGGGUGAGGGGCAGAAAGGCCUUGGCUCUGUGUGAGCUCUGCCCAGCAAUAAGAAAACAUCCCUGAAUUGUCAAUGCUGUUUUCCGUACAAAUCCAAAAUACAGCCCCAUAUUAGCUCCUAUGGAGAAAAUUAACUCUACCUCAGCCAAGACCUGCACAAUUUGAAAGGGAAAUAAUAGGAUUACUUUCUUUAUAACGAAAAUAAUGAUAUAAGGUGCUGGAUUUUUAAAGGUACAGUGGGGUUUCUUCCAGCCUCACGGCACCAGAUUAACAUGAGAACUUGUCAUACUAUCUACAAGUGUUUCAAAUGCAAAAUCAUGUUAUUUGUUUCCCUACAUUGCUUUUGUUCUCUCUGCAGUUUCAAAGUUCUCAUUGAAUUCAGCCAUUUGGCUGACUGCAAAUACAGUAAUGAUGUGUUGUCUAGGCACACUUAAGAAAUAAGAAAUGUGUCACAGCAAAAUUUCCAGCUACAAUGCUGCUGGAACCAUAAACGUAUUUUUUUUUACAUAACUUCACUGAACUUUGAGACUGCCUUGAAUUAAAAUAUUGUUACAAUUAAAAGCAAUGUCUAUCAGAAUAUAUUGACAAUAGUUUUGCCUA